ACGUGCACAGCAGUGCGCUGGGAGACGCGUGCACGGCCGUCCGACAUCCGUUUCUCCGCGCGUUACGACACUUGGGUGCGUGCGAAAAACGAGCGCGCGCGUGCGCCGUCGCGGAGGAGAGGUGAACCGACGAGCCGGUAACGGGCGCUCGAGUGUCCGCCGGCGGCCGCCCCCGCCCCAACCGGAGACCCGAUAUCGGCGGGCGAGGAGUGGACGGUGCAGAUAGAUAGAGAGAGAAAAACACCCCGCGAGCGAGAGACAUGGCUCAUCAACAUGAGUGAUCUCGCCGACACCAUUGACGAUCUCAUCUGCAGUUUCGAAAGCGAUGGUAAGACGAUGGACACGUUAAUAAUGUAUUUGUUCUGCUGGGCCCUGGUCGGUUUCGUCGCGCUGGCCGUCGGCAAGUUCGUGUACGGCCGGCUGGUCGGCUUCGCGGGCCGCAAGACGGGCACCGUCCACGCCGCCCCGGCCGCCAAGAACGCUGCGUUGGAACCGGACGCCGCGGCGGCCGCCGCCGCCACCGGGAAACAGCACCAUCCGCGGGUCGUGCCGCCCACGCCACCAAUCGCGCGCAAACGGUUGGGCUCCAAGUCGGGCCGCACCUCGGCCGCCGUGGCCGGCAUCGCGGCCGGCCUGUCCGCCGUGCCGGCCGCCGCGGCCGCCAGCAAGGCGUUCUCGGUCGAGCAGCAGCAGCAGCAUCACCACCACCAUCGGCCGCCGCCCACGGCCACCGGCAACGACGCGGACGCCGUGCGCUGGACCAACGACGUGUUCAGGUGGCUGUACACCGCGGCCGGCGGCGAACCGUCCGUCGUCCAGUACCUGCUCGGCGAGUGGACGUCCGCGCUCAACGAGUACACCAAGAAAUCGUUCGCCGAACACGGUGUCGGAGUAGAGUUCGUCCGAUUCCUGCCGGAAACGCAUCCGCCGACCAUGGCCAACGUGUUCUGCGAGCUGGGCGUCUGCGAGAGCGUCACGAUCACGUGCGACUGCGACGCUACACCGGCGAUGCAGCUGAAAGCGAUGCGACAGAAAGGCGACAAAGUGGACGUCUCUCACUACCGCGUGAACGUCAACAAACUGCAGGCCCGACUGAACAUUGUGUUCGACACGAGCAAGAAGAGAGGACAAAUCAAAUUCGACGGGUGGCCGAAGAUAAAAGUAAUGCUUGCCCAAGUCGGGAACAUAAAGAGCAACACGCUUGACGAGGUGCAACUGCAAGACGUUAUCAUGGACAUCGUCACCGGUGCCAUAAGAUCGACCGACAUCGCCGUGGACUUGUACCGCUGGUCAGAGUUUCCGAAUUUCACGAAAAGCCAACAGACGACGAUCACCUCACCUUUGGACUCGUACACCGAACGUUUGAUAAACCCCAGAACGGAACCAGCAGUCAAGCAAGGCGAGAAAAGGUUGAUGGUCAAAGUAAUAAAAGCGAUUGGACUGGGACUCAAACAAGGUUGUUCCGAGCCGUACUGUGUGAUUGAAGUCGAUGACCCAUUUCAAAAGAAACAAACGUCGACCAAGAAGAAUACGUCGUCGCCGCAAUGGAACGAGAACUUUAUAUUCGCAUUGAACCCGAUGACUGAGGAGAUACUGUUCGAAGUGUACGACAGCAACCCGAACGGCAGCAAUCGGUUCAUGGGCCUGGCCAUCGUCAGCGUCGAAGAACUGCUCGUGAACCCUUACCAAAGACAAGUGCUGUCCCUGCAGGCGCGGCCGUACCAAGACGAUCCGGUGUCCGGUACGCUCACGUUGGAAUUCAAUUUCCUCGAAGACGACGAACGGAACGUCAUGGUCGCGAAAGGGACGACGUCAGAUUUUUCAAACGAGAGGCCAUCAAUGUACAACGAUCAUUAUCUCCAAGCGGAACCGCUAAGGAACACUGCGAAUCAAACGGUUAGGAACGCGGACGAGAGCAACAGAAACAAACACAUCUCGUACAACGUCAACACGGUGUUCAAUAGCAGAGACUAUUUGCAAGCGCCGUCGGAUCAUCACAGGAACACCGCGCAAGACACCGGUCGGGUCAACUAUUACGGAGGUGCGCAGCAGCAGCAGCAGCAGCAGCAGCAGCAACAGCAGCAAAACCUCCACCACUACCAGCAGCCGCAGCAGCGCGAAUCCGAAACGGGUAUCAGCGUCGACAGACAAUACGAUACCGGAUACAACUACGGGCCGUCCCAAGACUCUGACCGCGGCCGGAGCAGGAAGAAGAAACGCGAUUUCUUCGGUGCUAUGCGAACCAGGUUCAACAGAUCUAAGUUCAGAUCCAAGUCGAUUGAUGCAAGCCAGCACGAUCAAUACAGGGAUUCAUACGGCUUGUCACCGGGCCAGGCACGAUCGAUAUCCGCAGACGGCACUAGAAACUCGUCCGAGCCGUCCAUCGAUUUACUGGCACCACCUAGGGCUGGUUCGGCUCGGUCGAGCCUGAGCGAGAUGUCCGGGGCCAGUGGCACUUCCACGGGCACUUAUCUGCACGAGGCGUCCACGCUGGUGUUGGAGACGAUGGAGAACAACGCGAAAAAGUAUUACCUGAUACCGUUCACGCAGGCCAAGAAAAGCAAAUGGAAGAGGGCGGGCACUAAACUGCACAUAUUCAAUGAUCAUACUUUUGUCGCUAAGCAUCUGUCCAGCCGCCUCAAUUGCUUGGUGUGCGCGAAAUUCUUCCCGAGGCGGAUCGGUAAACAGGGCUAUGAGUGCAGGGACUGCCUGAUCAAAUGCCAUAAGGAGUGUCACGUCAAAGUGUUGACCGUGUGCACCAACUCGAAAAUUCAUAACAUCGAUCUGAAUAAUUUAACGGUGUUGCCUUCGAUAUCGGCAUAGUGACGCCGAGGAGUUGGCAUACGAUACGCGCACACACCGCUGACUGUACACAUUCAACACGCGUCAUUUUAUUCGUAAUAUAUUUUUAAUAAGGUUUAUAUGAUAUAAGUACACAAAUAUAAAAUAUAUGUAUAUACAUAAUAACGGGUAGCAAACGAAGCGGUCGAUGUACGCUGAAAUUUAAUAUUAUAUUCAAUCGCGUAGUUUAAGAAAUAAUAAUAAUAAUAAAAUCGUCGUCAUUGUUGUACUGUCAUGUUGUUGUACUCGCAUUGGUGGAAAAGGCGAUCGACCGCGUUCGUAUAUUGUGUAACGAUAUUAUGAUAUUAAUAUGAAUGAAUAACAAUAAUUACAACUUUAGUACGAAUAAUGAUAACACGUUACUAUACCGAGACCGACGAGGAGUGCCGCGAGACAGAACAAUCGUACAGUCGCGGUGUUAAUGUGUGAACAAAUGUAUAUAUAUAUAUAUAUAUUUAUAUUAUAGUGUGUGUACUUGUAUCAUAAAAAUAAUGUUUAAUGUAAAAUGUGUGUGUGUCCCGCGGGUGUAUCGAGAGGUAAAGAAAUAGAUAAGAAAAUAUUUAUAUAUAAAUAACGAACAAACAAUUUUGAGUCUAUAUAUCACGUAUUGUUAUUGGCAGGCGACAUUUAUGUAUGUGGUCAUCAAACAUCAAUCGUGUAUACAAGACUGAUAAAUAAUGUUAAUUGUAAUAAUAAUAGUUUUAAUUGUAAUAAUGUAUUAUGUAUAAUAUGUAUUAAAAAACUACG